AUGCCUCGUCAACGCUCCGCCGGCCGCCCCAGCGCCCCCUCGCGCCCUACCGUCUCGGCCGCGAGGCCCGCUCCCACCCAGACUCGCCCGGCAACGACCAUGGCCGCUCCUCCCCAACAGCACGCCGCUCCCCCGGCCGCGGCUCCCGCUGCUCCCGCCGCCGCCGCCCCCUCGCAGGGCCCCGGUCUCUUUGGCCAGAUGGCUAGCACCGCCGCCGGUGUCGCAAUCGGCUCCUCCAUCGGCCACGCCAUCGGCGGCAUGUUCGGCGGCGGCUCCUCCGCGCCCGCCGAGGCCGCGCCCCAGAACAACUCCCCCGUCGCUGCCUCGGGCGAGUCCCAGACGACGCAGCAAUGGGGCAACAACUGCGCCGGCGCCACCCAGCAGUUCACAAAGUGCAUGGACGAGCACAGCGGCAACAUGCAGAUCUGCAACUGGUACCUCGAGCAGCUCAAGGCCUGCCAAGCCGCGGCUAGCCAGUACUAG